GUGUUUUCAUGAUCAACUCACUGAACCAAUUGAACCAUCCUUUUUGUAAUAUUUGCCAAAAGCUUUCCUCUUUUUGCUUCUUCAUCUUCAUCUUCUUCUUCUUCGUCAUCAUCUUCAUAUUUCUCUAACAAAUUCUUAUUUAAUUACUCAGUUUAUUUUCUUCUUCUAUUUCAACCAACAGUUUUAAAGUGACUUUAAAUUCAUCAUUUGGACUCAAUUGUUUUCUCAUUAUAAAUCGAUAACAUGUUGGAUUAAUUUUCUUAAUCAUUUGAGUGUUCACAGUUAUAUUACUUUUUACUAUUAGUGAUUCUUAGAUUAACCAUUUUAAAUCAUUUCUAAUAUCAGUCAAUCUUUUUUUUUCCUCUUCUUCUUGUUCUGUUUUGUUUUUCCAUCUUUAUUUGUGUUAACCUGAAUACUUGGUUUUUGUGUUAACAAAGUGUACAAAUUGGUUAAAGAAAAAUAGGCAAUUAACUGAUUAACUUUGACGAGAACAAAUGACACCAAAAGGUGGUAAAGAUUAUUACAAGACUUUGGGUCUAUCUAAAAAUGCCACUGAAGAAGAGGUAAAAAAGGCUUAUAAAAAAUUGGCUCUCAAAUUUCACCCGGACAAGAAUAAAUCACCAGGAGCUGAAGAAAAGUUCAAGGAAAUCGCUGAGGCCUAUGAUGUUUUAUCGGAUAAAGAGAAGAGACAAGUUUACGAUAUGUGUGGAGAAGAAGGUUUAAAAGGUCGUGGAUCUGCACCUUCUUCAGGUCACACCGGUGGAACUCAUUUCACAUACACUUACCAUGGGGACCCACGAGCAACGUUUGCACAAUUUUUCGGCUCAGAAAAUCCAUUCGAAGCAUUUUUUGGUAACUUUGGUGGUUUAGGACCACAACCUCAAUUUUUUGAUUUGGAUGACGAUCUAAUGGAAACCGAUGGGUUUGGACCAUUUUUAGGACCUCGAUCAAGUACUAACGGCGGGAGUGGGGCAAAUCCAUUUAGGUCACAUUCAUUUACUCCAGGAUCAACCAAUGUAAAUAGUAGGACUAAAUCUGGUUUAAAACAAGAUGCACCAAUUGAACAUGAUCUGUUCGUGACACUUGAAGAGAUACUGAAAGGCUGUAUAAAAAGGAUGAAGAUAACCAAGAAAAUUUUAAAUUCUGAUGGUAAAUCAUCUCGUAAAGAAGACAAAGUGUUAACAAUUAACGUUAAACCUGGUUGGAAGGCCGGAACCAAAAUCACUUUCCAACGAGAAGGUGAUCAAAAUCCGAACAGAAUUCCAGCUGAUAUUGUUUUCAUUAUAAAAGAUAAACCCGAUCCUCUAUUUAAAAGGGAAGGCGUUGAUGUUAAAUAUAUUGCCAAGAUUAGUUUAAGAGAGUCUCUAUGUGGAUGUAUGGUUAAAGCACCAACAAUUACCGGAGGUCGAAUUCACUUGAAAUUAACUGACAUUGUAAAACCGAAUACAAUUAAGAAGAUUCCAAAUCAAGGAUUACCUCAUCCAAAGGAUAUUGAAAAAAGGGGUGACCUAAUUAUCGUAUUUGAUAUUCAAUUUCCCGAUUCUCUGACUGAAGAUACAAAACAAAUCCUAUGGGAUUGUUUACCAUAAUCAAUUGUUAAGUCAUUUGAGUUUUAAUUAAUUUAAUCAUCAUGUUAUCCACUACAAUUAGAUAUAACCAAUUUUAUCUAAGAUCAAUAAUUUAAUGUAAAUGUUUACAAUUUUCGCUUUGUUGUUGUUUCUCAAUCUCAAUCUUUGCUAAUAAAUUGUUUUUUUUGCCUCAAUUUUCACCCAAUCAA